AUGUCCCGCCUCCUCCUGUGUGCUUUCGUCACGGUCGGCCUGUGGUCGGCGUCUGUCAUCAGUCUGACAGUGUUCUCGGAUCCUCCGAAGGCCCACAUGCUGCUCCGUUCGCGGCGCGCCAACUCCAUCUUUGAGGAGCUGAAACCUGGAAACCUGGAGCGGGAAUGUGUGGAGGAGAUGUGCGACUUUGAAGCUCGAGAGAUCCACGUCACCAGAGAAGCGACACUGGAGUUCUGGACCGUCUACACAGAUGGGAACCAGUGCCGCUCCAACAUGUGCGUUCAUGGAACCUGUGUAGACCUGUACCAGGACUACGCCUGCCGCUGUAGGCCUGGGUACGAAGGCCGAUACUGCAACCAGCCUCAAACGGCCACCGACUGCUUGGAGGAGAACGGCGACUGCGACCACAUCUGUGAGGAGAGCGAGGAUGGCCUGUCGAGGCGCUGCAGCUGCCUGAGUGGAUACAAACUGCACGACGACCACCGCACCUGCAAACCCACAGGUUCGUCGUCCUGCGGUCAGCUGCUCAUCAGUAAGUCGUCCUACAGUGACCCCAUAGACGGCCUUCAGCCCUGGGUGGUGGGAGGGGAGGUGGGCAAGAAGGGGGAGAGUCCGUGGCAGGUGAUGCUGCUGAAUGCCAGAGGAGUUUGCAACUGCGGAGGCGUCCUCAUCGAUCAGAACUGGGUUCUCAGUGAAAAUCAUUGCUUAUCAGGUUCUGAGCUGUGUCCUUGUCCGUCAGGUGACUACGAGCGUAUCCGGUACGAAGGCAGCGAGGUCACCAUGAGGGUGGUGAAGGCCUUCAAACACCCGGACUACAACAGCCGAACGGUGGACAACGACAUCGCCAUGCUGCGCCUGGAGAGCCCCGCCCCCUUCUCCACCUACAUCAUCCCCGUCUGUCUGCCGGGGCGCGACUUGGCCGAGGGCGUCCUCCACCGCAACGGCACCGUGACCGUGGUGACGGGCUGGGGCAAAGACGACAUCGACAGCACCCGCUUCAGCUCGGCCCUGAACGUCAUCAAGAUCCCGCUGGUGGACCACAGCGUCUGCGCCCAGCAGAUGACCAACAACGUCUCCCACAACGUCCUCUGCGCCGGCAUCCUGGGGAAGAGCUUCGACGCCUGCGAGGGCGACAGCGGCGGCCCCAUGGUCACCCUGUACCGCAACACCUGGUUCCUGGUGGGCCUGGUGUCCUGGGGCGAAGGCUGCGGACACGUGGACAAGCUGGGCAUCUACACCAAGGUGUCCAACUACAACGAGUGGAUCCACAGGGUGAGGGACGAGUGGGACAAUGGACAGCACACGCCCACCGCCUGAGCCACGCCCACCGCAUGGGCCACACCCACCUGUCCACCCCAAGCAGCCGGGUCCACAUGUAAC